AUGAGUCCGCUUCGGAUUCCCGGCUCAUCCGAGCCUUAUAGUGUCGACGCCGCAGCUGACAGAUCACCACCCAUAGACUCGGACGAAGAGCGUCGUCUCAACGCCGUGCCAGACUACCCUCAGGUUCAGCGCAAAUCAGCCAACAGCAACGCCAGCACUCCAUCCAGAAGUCAGUCCUCACCCACCAGUCCCGCCGUCGCAGGACCAUCAAGGUCCGGUUCUGGAAACAAUGAGACACCAACACCAGGCCAUUCAAAGAAGAAGUCGAUCGGAUCCAAGCUGAUCUCCAAGUUCAAGUCGUCAUCCACAGACGACAAGGCGGAGCCAUCUAGCAGUCCUCAUUCCCAAGCCAGCAGCGGCUCACGCACGCCCGCCAAAUUUCAGCGAGAUGAUGGUAGCGACUCGGAGGUGAAAGCCCAUCAGCUUCAGCAGGCACUCUUCAAAGAGCAGCAGAAGCGCGCAAAGCAGAAGCAAGCUUCGUUUGGCAGCAUGGAUGGCCUUCGACAUCGAGGUUUCUUCGGCAAGAAACCAAAACAGGCCCAUCAGGGUGGCGACGUAGAGGAACAUGAUCUUCGCCGCGACUCUGAAGAGACAACUCGAUACUUCCCAGAACAGACUACCGACCGAGACAGGUCACAUAGCGAUGCCACGCGGCACUUUCCUGGAGGUCUGUACAACACCGAAGACGCCAGAACCGAUGCGCGACUCAUUCGCGAAAGAGAUGCCUCCCAGCGUUCACACGGCCAGCUGCCCAGACAGUCCGAAAGCAAACUACAUCAUGAAGCGGACAUCUUCGCCGGCGAAGGCGACCAGAACGAAGACCUCUUCGGUGUUGGUUACGACCACGAGUACGACUCGGACGAUUCCGACGAUACCAUUGCACAUCUCAUCCGAGAGGCUGAUGGCUAUGACAGCUUAAGAAACAACACCAAUGGUGAUUUCUCCGCUGGAAUCAGCUUCGACACGCUUCAAGCUGUUCGCGAGCGAUCGCACUCCCUCAGCCAAAACAAGGAUGCCCAGAGCCUCCACAGUGCCUACUCAGGAGGCGCCUCCAAGGCUCUCAGCCAGCCGCUGUUGGAGCUCGAAGAUAUCGAGCUCGAGACUUUUAUGCAGAGCUUCGCUCGCCACACAAAAGAAAUCACCGUCACCCGUCCUACCGGCCAGCAAAAGUAUCGGAUGCCAAGGUGGGACGAUUUCCGUGUCUCGCCAGAGGACAACGCAGCCGCGGACCCGGACAAGAAGCGGCCGUCCAUGCUGUCCAGGGUCGACCGUGGUCUUCAGCAUCUGUCGAACAAUUUGUCACCGAACGGAGCACAGGAUCGAAGCAAAGCAGACACAACGGACGGGUCAAAGUCUCGUUCCACCGAGGAAGAGGGAGUCACUGAGUCUGCUUCCGACACGAAUGCUCUCAAUUCAACGCCACAGACGCCGUCCAAGAAGAAGUCGAAAGACAAGACAAAGAAGAAAAGCGCUUCGAAACAAGGCGGGGCAGCCAACGAUCUGGAUGAGGAUUGGGACCUUAUCGUUCCCUCCUCCGGCAACCCCGACCGCUUCGAGGCCAUCUCGGCCCACGACGAGCUUCGUGUCAAUGCAGAGGACGAAGGCAUCGAUAGUGUCGCCUUCUGCAUCGCCUACAUCCUCGCCCUGGUCGAGCGUCUGGCCCCGGAAGAGAUUGAGCAUCACCCCGUCACACGGUAUCGCGAAGGUUUGAUCCGCUCUCAUCUCGAGCGCCUCUACACCAUCGCCCCCUUCUGGGAGCAGCUCGGCCGCCGAACCCGUCGGCUGUACCGGUGGGAGGAGCCCAGGACGACCGCUGCAGCCGCCAUGAUCUACUUUGUGCUCUGGUACACCAACAUGAUCCCCACCGCCUUCAUCCUCAUGCUCAUGUUCUACAUUAUGCGAUUCAAGUACUUCCCUCCCUCCGAGAGUUAUCUUCAUGAUAAGGUCAAGAUGCGCAUGGCGCGUGGGCAGGCCGCCAACACGCUCUCCGAGAAGCUGCGCCGACGUAGUCGACUCGACAUCCUCAACAUCUAUCGGCGAUGGAUCAUCACAUUUGGUGCACCUACACAGGAAGGCAUGGGGUAUGUCGCCGAUUUCCACGAGAAAGUCAAGAACCUCAUCCUGUGGCGUAACCCUGCUGCGAGUCGACGCACCAUGAUCCUGUUUGGCGUGCUCAACCUGUUUGUCACCUUUGCGCCCUCGCAUUACAUCUCUAAGACGGUGUUCUUCUUUCUGGGAAUCACGUUCUUCUGCCUCCUGCCGCUGCAGAGCUACUUCCCAUCGCAUCGCAAAGCACUCUCGCCAUUCUGGUGGGGCACAUUCGGAGCGCCAACCGAUGCGCAGUUCGCUGUGCAGCUGCUGCGUAAGCGCCAUCUGGACGUCGACCGCUUUGCAGGGCAGCUGAACACCGCCGACGAUGUCCGUCGCGCAGUGCAAUCAUCUAAAAGCAACUCCAAGAUCAAACCUCGCCCAGACCGGCGCGAAGAGGGCAUCGCCUACGACCAGAUCGACGAUCCCUCGCGCGCUAGUGUCGACUACGUCGAGAUGAGCAAGGAUUCGACGCUCAAGCCGCGCAAGCUCGGCAGCUUCUUCUGCCAGUACAAGGGCUUGCCCGGUCGCCUGCAUGUCAACACCAAGUACCUCUACUUUACACCGCUCCACUCGCCGUCGCAGAAGAGGGGCCGUACGCCCGUCGAGGCCAUCGAGUCGAUCAUCAAGACCAAGAGCAUCCGGCUGAUGGUAUGGAGCUCGUUGGGGUUGAAGAUUGUGAGGAACAAUGGAAAGGCGCCGCUGCUGCUGGCAAACCUGCCGAACAGAAACGAGGCGUUCAACUUGAUCCUUGCCGUCACCGCGAAUGCCGGUGCCAAAGCGUACUCGUGA